AUGGUCCUCACGUCCAGUGCCAUGUUCUUGUCGGUCAUGGUCCCGCUUCCCUUCGACAUUGCAACAACGGUGAUGCGUUUCUGGAUCCGCUAUCGCAGGAAGGCAUGGGGCGCGGACGAUUGGGCCAUGCUCAUAACUUUGCCCUUCUACACCGUGGCGAUGGUUGCGACAGUGGCCAUGAGCUUCAGCGGUGUCGGCGCAAUCGAUGCGACAUCUACUCCCCAACAAAACAUCAACUCGCUUAGGUGGUUCUACGUCUUCCAGGAACCCUGGUGCUUCACUCUUGUGACGAUCAAGGCCGCUAUCGGCUUCGCCCUGAUACGGAUCGCCAACAGAAAGCGCUGGAUCGAGCUGGUGAUUUACCUCAACAUCCUCGUCUGCCUAGGUAUCAUCGGUGGGACCGGGAUGUAUCUGUUUUUCCAGUGUUCGCCAGUUCGGAAAAAUUGGUACACUGAUACACCUGGAGAAUGCAGGCCGCGCGAGAUACAGACCGGACUGUCGUACGCGGUCGCGGCCCUUUCGAUUAUUACCGAUUGGACUUUCGCAAUCAUCCCGGUCUGUCUGCUGUGGAACGUUCAGAUGAACCCGAAAGUAAAGUUCUCCGUCAUCAUAAUGCUGAGCUUGGGUGUAUUUGCGUCAAUUGCGCCUAUCGUACGUCUCAGGUUCCUGUUCGGCCUCAAUGACCAAAGUAGGUUCCUGGAGAACCUCAGCCCCAUUCUCGCUUGGGCGUCUGCCGAGAUGAACGUCGGCCUGAUCGUCGCCAACCUACCCGCCUGCCGCCCCGUCCUCGACUCCUUCAUCUCACGGCUCGCGAGUUCCAGAGGCGCUUCUCGAGACCGUACACUUGGAGCUGCCACCUCUCGAGGCGCAGGAAAGACAAUGGAUCGUUAUCUCGAGCUUGAAGAGCGAGGCAACGCCGGGCUCGAGACGACCAUCUACGGUAAACGAGACCGCGACAGUGGGAGCGAGCUAGACCUGGACGACGGCGAUUCGGAAAGCCAGAAAGGUAUCGUGGGCCUCAGGGAGCAGAGCAGUGGCCCGUUGAGGGUGCAGGUGAAGAGAGAUAUCAGUGUUGUCACGAGCCCGAGCGAGGUCUAG